AUGCGGGUUACAAGGUAUUCAACUUCUUCAGAAGAAAGUUGCGUUCUUGUUCAGAUUCAUGGAGCACUUACAACAGCCUGUCAAGAGGGUUUCCGUUUCCGUCCCACCGAUUCAGAAGGACUUAUGUUCUUGUUGAGAUUCGUCGCUGGACAAGAGAUGCAUGAUUCUGGAUUUAUCACCACUAACGUUGAUGUCUAUGGCAAACAAGAACCUUGGGAGAUUUACGACAACGGAGUACCCUGUGGUGGUGAUGAUGACAGCACCAAUUAUCGCUAUUUCAUCACAAAGCUGAAGAAGAAAAGCAACGCGAGGUAUCAUCGUUCUGUCGGAAACAAGGGCACUUGGAAACAGGACAACAAGGGCAAACCAGUUCACUACAUAAAUACAUCUUCAGUGAAAGAUGGACAUUGGCUCAUGAAGGAGUACGAGCUUUCUAAGGUUAUUCUUCACAAGUUCGACCAAAACUGUAAAGAUUAUUAUGUUCUCUGCGCCAUCAAGAAGUUGAAGCACGUUAACAGUUCAUCCGAAACUUCCACAAUCACGACGUUGAAUAACGUUUCCGAUGGAACUGAUGAGGUAACGAGUUAUGUUGAUGACUUGUUGGCUACUAAUAAUUGCAAGGAUUAUUAUAAUAUGUGCAAGAAUUUGGAACACUCCGAAACAAUGGCUUUUCAAGAAUCAAUGGUGAUGAAUAAUAGUGUUGACAAACCAGCUGAAGGGACUACUUUUGAGAUGCCAGAACUACCAGUGCAGUGCCUGAUGACUUGUAUCAAUGGGAUGAAAAGGAAUUGGACGAAUUAA